UACCAUUUCCUGACCACCCUCUCGACCAUGGAACAUUUUUCCCUGGUUUAAACUCACGUCUUAUCUUGUCCCUCCCACGUCAUCUCCGAAUCAUCAGCGAGCGCAGGCCUCGUGUCCGAACCACCGCUAUCGGACCUGUCUGGUUUUGUUUUAUUUUCUGUGUCGAAGUCGAGAUCUUCACCCUAAGGCUGUUUCAUUGCUAUAUAUCGUGUUUGUCUCGUUCGUCGUCUACUUGUUCCUCCCCUCCAUCCACGACGCGGUCACGCGGGGGAGAUCCACCGCGAUCGAUAACUGGCCUUCUUAUCUCGCUAUCUUGCCCUCCCCAACGGCUACCUCAAACCCGACGACCACCGCGUUUCUUCGACUCCCCCAGUCAACCCAUGGCUUUUCGUCUACCUCCCCAAGUUCCCCGCCGUCGCCCCUCUUAUUCGAACUCCCUACCCCCACCAGCCCCGGACCUCUCCUCCCCGCUAUCGCAACUACCGGAGAACGAAGCAACAGAAUGGGUGCUCUUUUCGCCCACCCAGCAGCCCAACGUCGCCCGCACCCAUACAACCUCGACUGAUCGUACCCCACGGACACAAGGAGUCUCCCGUCUCAGCGAUUUUGGCUCUUUCGGAACCGCGACCCGAUCCGCUGUCGGCCUAGAAAGCGAGUCUGUCGAUGAUGCUCUCGAGGAUCCUUUAGACGACGAUGGGACUGAACUAGACAGCCUGGAUGAUGGACUCCACGCUUUUCGGGCUCCGUCUUUGGUCCAAGAGGAUCAAGGGGCUCCGGCUGUUCUCCCAGCCCAUGACGGGCUGGGCAGCUUCCAAGCAUCUAGCCAGACCGUGCAAAACCAGCUGUGGCAGCAUGAGCAGUACAACCCCCAUCGGAGGCCCGGACUACAGCCCCGGCGUCGCUCAAGUGUUCAGCGCCAGUUGGAUUUGAUCACGAACGAGGAAGAGGCUGAUGUGGAGAGAGAACGGUGGCAGCGCAUUGAGAAAUGGAGAAUGGAACAAAGCCGGGUGCUCUUGCAGGAGAUCGAGAAAGCGACGCGCAGGAGACGUGAUAGUCGCGUCAGUGGCAUGUCAGAUCCAGUGGCGUCAUACCCCGUAGUGUCGGAUGUUCCAGAUGGUGUCCUCGAGACACCCAAAGAGCCGGAGCCUUACCCACCGGCAGAGCAAGAUGCAGAGGGAGACGAGUCUCUGUGGCAGCGCAUUACGCGCAAGGUUAUUCGAGAUCUCAUCGGAAUCGACGACUCCUUACUGUCUGUUCUUUUUGGUGAGUCGCUACCAUGCACCGACGAUGAAGAACAACCACCAUCGACGCGAGAUUAUACAUCCAACAUAGAGGCACUUCAUCAAGAGCUGGGCUCCGUGCCGGAAGAUCAUCCUAUCUGGCAGACUCGAGUGCUCCAACGCAUCGCCCACGAGCUGGGAAUCCUUGUUAGCCAGCUCUGCGAACACCCCGGUGCUUUCACGACGUAUCUGAACAUGUCCAAUGAGAUCCCCAACCAGUAUGCUGGCAUACCUCUCGAUCGCGUCCCCGAAGGUGCUGCACCCUCCGCUUCGGUGGACCCUACGACUAUGGAGUCGAGCAUGAGUACCGAGUCAGUUCUCUCUCCCCAUUUCUCUCCGACACUUGGCGAUCCCAGCAGUCGAGAGCACGCAGCCCAAUGGGGCAUCGAGGAUGACGACUAUAUGAGUCGUCCAGCCAACAAUACAGCGGCCGAGCCGCUGGCUGAAUCCGCUCGCACUCAGCAGGAGAAGGAGUACUGGGAGCGAGAUCUGGAUGUUAGCAUGGCCUUCCGUUACUUGCGGAACCGCUUUAGCCACCGAGGCAGCAACAACGACCCUUAUCACGGCUCCCCGCGCCGAGCCCCGCAAGAUGCGUCUCGUCGCGCGGCAAUCAUCCGGCAGCACCACCCACUCGUUGCUCGAGCGCAUUCGCACUCCCAAGCUCAGAUUCGCCGUCAAUCGCAGUACUCAUCCCACCAUUCGGGGCCGACCGGGGUUUCGUCGCCCAUCCUGCGCCAGCAGUUCCGCCGCCCCAGCUCCAGCUGUGCCAGUCAAAGCGCGAAGAUGUCUGCCAUUUCCAGCCGUCGGACACUCACCGGCUCCAGUCGCAACUACUGGGACAUCGGGGGAAGUGUUGACAGUGGAAGUGCUGUCGCGCCGGUUGCAGCUGGCCUGGGGGGCUGGGGCGAGGUCUGAGCAGUCUGUUCAAUGAAGAUCGUUGAUGACCCUCUCCGCCCCGAUACAUAUUGCAUGUUGGUGAUUUCCAUUGUGAAUAGUUCAUUUGCCUUUUGGCCGGGAGUUUGGUGUUUCUGGCAUUUCGC